AAAAACUACACCUUAUCCUUUUAGUCUUUCCACCCUUGUUCUUUUCUCAUGGAACUCAUUUCCAAUUUGUUCUAUGGUCUUCCUUUAUUUUACCUACUCUAUUUGGUAUGGAAGAUUAUCGAUCGAAAGAGACACCAAAAUUGUUACAUUUUGGACUAUGAAUGUCACAAACCAACCGAUGAUCGAAUGCUUAGCUCAAAAUUUUCAGGCGAAAUAGUAUUGAGGAACAAACGCCUUGGCCUAAAUGAGUAUAAGUUCCUCUUGAAAGCUAUCGUUAGCUCGGGCAUUGGUGAACAAACGUAUGCACCACGAAUGGUGUUUCAUGGUCGCGAAGCAUGUCCUACGUAUGAAGAUGCUAUCUUGGAGAUAGAAGAAUUUUUCCAUGAUAGCAUUGGCAAGCUCUUGAAGAGGAACAAAAUUUCCCCUAGUGAAAUCGAUGUCCUCGUGGUGAAUAUAUCCAUGUUAGCUUGUAUUCCAUCGAUGACUGCUCGAAUAAUCAAUUAUUAUAAGUUGAGGGAAGACAUCAAGGUGUACAACCUCACCGGGAUGGGGUGUAGUGCUAGCCUCAUAUCAAUAAAUAUCGUCGAAAGUAUUUUUAAGAAUGAGAAGAACAAGGUUGCACUUAUGCUGACAUCCGAGUCCUUGAGUCCAAAUUGGUACUCAGGGAACGAUAAAUCUAUGAUUCUUUCUAAUUGUUUGUUUAGGUCAGGGGGUUGCGCGACUUUAUUGACAAACAAAUUGGCAUUGAAAAGCAAAGCCAUAUUCAAGUUGAAGUGCCUAGUUAGGACACACCAUGGUGCAAAAGAUGAAGCCUAUAAUAGUUGUUUACAAAGGGAGGAUGAUCAAGGUAACAUAGGGUUUCACCUUGAUAAAACACUACCAAAGGCCGCAACACAUGCACUAGUCGAUAAUUUGAAACAAAUUGCACCCUUGAUCCUUCCAGUGAGGGAGCUACUUCGAUUUGCCAUCGCGUUAUUUUUGAAAAAAAUGAAUUGGGGUACUUCAACAAAAGGAGGACAUAAGCCAGUGAUAAAUUUCAAAACAGGUGUGGAUCAUAUUUGUCUACAUACUGGAGGAAAAGCAGUGAUUGAUGGAGUUGGUGAAAAUUUGAACUUAACUGAGUAUGAUUUAGAGCCAGCAAGAAUGACAUUGCAUAGAUUUGGUAACACUUCAGCAAGUAGCCUUUGGUAUGUUUUGGGGUAUAUGGAGGCUAAAAAAAGGUUAAAGAAAGGUGACAAAAUGCUUAUGAUUAGCUUUGGAGCAGGGUUUAAGUGUAAUAGUUGUUUGUGGGAAGUGUUAAGAGAUUUGGGUGAUGGAAAUGUGUGGAAAAAUUGCAUUGAUAAUUAUCCACUUAAAACUAUGGUGAAUCCUUUCUUGGAGGAAUUUGGAUGGCUACGUGAUCAUGAAGAUCCAAACACCUUCAAUAUUCCAGAUGAUUAUGUUAUCACUUGAGUUUUGUUUUUGUUUUUUCACAAAAAAAAAUGUCUUUUUUCUUGCUUAAGAAAGAAAAAUAUCCAAUUUCCUUAAGAAGGAACAAUAGUUAACUUCCAAGACUAAUCAUGCUAUUGUUGUUGUUAUUCUUAGUAUUUUACUGUUUUUCUUCUUUUUAUAUUUCUUGUUGGUUAGACGCAUUGUUGUUAGUUUCUCAACUCAAAGAUAUUAUUUGUUUUGAAUCAAAUUUGGAAGGAGGUUUUUCUUUUUAAAG